UGUACGGUCAGAAAAACGUGCGUUCAGCUUGAAUUUUGUUUGUUUGGUGUUUUUAAAAACUAAUUUUGUAUAAUUAAUCAAUAUUUGUUGUAAGUUUACUAGAAAAAUUUAAUGUAGCAAGUAAUUUAUGCGUGUUAAAGUGUACUGAGAAGCGAUAAAAUAUACAUGUGACUUUCCCGAAUUCAUUCAAAUGGUUUGAAUAAAUCUAUAGCUAAAUACAAUAGAACAAAUGUUUAAAACGUUGAUUAAUGAAACUGCCGCGACCGAAUGCUGUAUGAUAUUUUUUAAAAUUUUCAUUCACUUUCGUUGUGAGCAAAUGGAAAUAAUCCCCUAAAGUCGAAGAUAAAAUAUUGAUUUACUCUUCUGUUUCAUGAUGACGUGCACUCCAAAAGCAAUACCAGUUUUAUCAGACAGGUUCUUGUAAACCCAUUCCAUUUUCUUUACACCUUAAUGUAUUAACUGACUAUGAGGGGAAAAAAAGCAAAUGUGAUGAUCCACAAGACUGCAACUUUUUCCCCGUGAAGAAAAUGAGGGAAAAUGCUGUCGAGAGGGACAAUUAACAUACUAUAUGUAUGCCCAAAUAGUUAGUAAAAAUAAGUAUUUUAUCAUACCAAAGCUUUAUUUGUUCUCGUUACUUUGAGAAAUCCACAAUAUAUUUAAAGCACAAUAGUCCAAUCCACACUUUUCAAAAGUUGUUCCCAUUUGCGGGGUCAACCCAAAGGUCAAAAAGGAAAAAACCAAAAUUCCCCUUCUUCAAACAAUCAAAUAUUUGGGCGUACUGUGAUGAAAUCGCUUUGGAUUUGAUUUAUUCAUUCAAUAUGUGGUGGCAACCAUUCAAACGGGGUUUUAAUGUCAACUGAUAUAUAUACAAACAUAUUGAUACAAAAUAUAGAUACAAACUUCUAUACGACAAAGACUUUGGGUCUUUCCCAAAAGAUGACGACCAAGAGACACAGCAUUUGUAAAGUGUAGAGUGAGAUCACAGCUACGAUUUCCACAGAGUUAUCUAUGUAGGAAACUCACGACUAGUUGUGCGAGUAAGCGUUAAGUAUUAGUACAUGAAUGCGAUACUGGCCGCGGUUUUCUACAAAAAUAAUUAUCAUACAUCACUCAUUGUUACAUGUAAUAUGCCACUUUCAAACGACGCCACCGUCUAACAGUACUUUCAGUACUUUGAUUUGAGUCGGCUCGCGAAGCGAGCUGAUCCUUGCUGUCAGCGCUGAUUCAAUGCGGAUUUACCGAAGCACAAACUCGUAUGUGUGUUCCUUCACUUGCUGCAAAUAAAUCUUGAUAAAUAAGGCCCUGGCAAUAGCUUUAUUUUCAUAAUUUGAAUAAGUUUGAUGAUAUUAUAGUGUUGGAAACUUUUAUCCUGCAUAUCUAUUACAAAAUAACCUUGAAGUUCACCUAAACGUGUGAAUAGAAGAUUGUAAAUAUUACAUGCGGAUGAAUAUUUGCGAUGGGGCACAUGAAGAGGGUUAUCUCAAAAUACGAAAUUGUAUCAAAUAUACAACUCCGGUAAAAAAGACAUACACUGCUUUGGUUUAUUAAAAGGUGUAUAACAUAUCUUGUUUUAUCAUAAACAAAAAGAAAUUGAGUCUGGGUUAUUAAAAACGUUCGCUAAUGUAACUGAUAUUGAAACACCCGCAGAAUAAUACUACGAACAAGUUAACUUUCAUGAUUAGUCACCUGACCUUUUUCGCGGGAAGCUGUCGAGUAAACAAGAAUCACGAGGCCGAGGAGAAGUUUUCAAGCUGAGCAGUAGAAAUCGUCAGAAAUUUGCUACAAUGCCAACAUUACAAGCGUUAUUUAAAAUGAAGCGUGAAGGUCCAUAUGUGCCACCAAUAAGUGUGAAGAUUUGUGCCAUUUCACGACAAAAGGAAUAUGUUAAUGCAGAUGGAGAAGAAAAGAAAUAUUUGAUUCUAGGAAUUGCAGAUACUACCAUGGCUGCGAAAUGUACACUGUAUGAUUUAACAAAAGUGAAAGAUUUAGAACAAGGAAAAUCUGCCAUGCUAUUUAACACAAUUAUUAAGGCUGACAACUCCAUUACAAUAACAUCCAAAUCCAGAGUGUCCAGAAUUGGACCCAUAACAGUUCCAUCAGAAAUUGAAAAUGCUGCACAAGUUAUGGCUAACCCUCCAGCCUCUGCAGAGGUUACUCUGAAAGAGAUAGACAAGUCACCAGUUAAGUCGAUGCUGUCUGUCCGUGGACAAGUUGUUGCUGAAGAAAUCGCAAGAACUGUAUCAGUUAGAGGAAGAGAUGUUAAAGUCAAAUCUAUAACCUUAAAGGAUGGGACGGGCAAGUGCAAAGUGUCACUUUGGAGAGAGUUUGCCGAAAAAGAAGUGGGUAUAGGCCAACACUUGAAAAUCACUGAUGUUGUUGUACAGACGUACAACAACGAGAAGUCUGUCUCAACAACUGGAAGGACAGAAGUUGAGACCGUGGAGGCUCCGAGUCAGCUAAAGCUCACAGAAAACAUCAUGGCUUUUAACAUGGAGGAAAACAGCCUCAGUCUUAUCAUUGACGAUGGGGAAGCCUAUCCAGCUUACAGAAUUUCCUUGAACAAGAUCGCCACAUUCCUUAAUUGUGAAGAAAACGAAAUUGAAGAGGCCUUGAUAAAUAAACUACCAAUGAAGGCAUCCAUAACAGUCCAACAUGACGAAGUUACACAGAUUUCUCUUUAAACUCCUAGUCUUUUGGCUAAGAUCCCAAACGUACAAUGAGUUUAGGCAUUAUAUAAGCUCUGGAUGAUUCAAUCAGGCCUUAAAUUGUGUUCAUUGGAUUUUUGAAUUUUGCAAUUUUUCUUUUAAGAAAUUCAGAAGUGUUUCUGAAAUAUUGCUUUUUUUCAAGCAUUUUAAUUUACAUCAGUCUUUUAGUUAAUGUGACAAGUAUGCAACAUAAUCUGACUUUAAAGUUUGAUUAAAAGGAAUAUCCUUUUAGCUCUUCUCUAUGAAUGCUUUUCUUUUUGAAUUAAGAUGCAAGGCAGCUGAAAGCCAAGUAACAAGUUUACCUCUCUUUUGUGCCCAAGGCAAAAGUUGAAAACAUUUCAUUUUGCAUGUAAUGUAGCUGUAAGAUUUUAGUGUUAGUUUUCCUGUCAAGUUUCACUAUUAACUUGUAAUUUUGAGCAAUAUGUUUUCUUGCACAGUAAUCUCUCUUACCAUAAAGUGUUUUAUAUGUAAAAUUUUCACUUCCAGCUUUUGCACGGAUGUGUGUAUUUGAGUUUUUUUAUUUUGAUCGUACUGAAAAGAGUUUUGUCAUGUCUUUUCUACUUUAAAAAACUUGUGAGAAAUCAAGUGAUGUUUGAUAUACACAAUUGACAAACGAUUUCAACGUUGAGUAAUUGUAGAACUAAUUAUUUGGAGCAGAUGCUAUCUUUAUUCUUUUCGAGCAAGUUGAUGCAUGCUUAUGCUGUUUCUUUUUAGACUAAGUGAAAAAAAUCUAUAUUUGAUUUUAAAGACUUUGACAUGAAACAGGGUUUUUUUUUAAAUAAACAAUGAAUUCUCCUGCAAUGUAAGCUAGUCAAGAAAGAAUUUCUCAUGAAAUCUAGUCAUAACCAUGUAAUUUUUCUUUUUUAAGUGUAGUUGUUUUGAGUAUUGUAGCAGAUUUCAUUAUUCCAUUGUUCUGAUUGAAGUAGGGAAUAUAGUAUAAGUGGACUGUCUCUUAUAGCACCAUUGAUUAUCGACUUAGCAUGCAUAACUUCCUACUUUGUCCAUUCGCCACUGAUUGGAUUAUUAGACAAUAUGCAUGCUGUUUAUAAGUCAAUUUUUAUUUAAUGGCUUAUAUGAAAAUGGUGAAACGUUUCAUAACUGACAGAUUAUACUGUAUUUCUUGCAUUUUAUGAAUAAAACUGUUCAUAUCUCUUA